CGUGAGGCAGCAGGAGCCAAGUAACCUGGCAGUUCCUUUCGCUACGGACCUGUUGCUGUGCGCAGUGGUGGCCAGAGGCUUCGCAGGUGAGAAAAUGGCAUUUGUGAAGAGUGGAUGGUUGCUGUGACAGAGUACCAUUUUGACGCACUGGAAGAACUGGUUUGACCUGUGGUCAGAUGGUCACCUGAUCUAUUAUGAUGACCAAACUCGGCAGAGUGUAGAAGAUAUCCACAUGCCAGUGGACUGCAUCAACAUCUGCAUGGGACAUGAAUGUAGGGAUAUUCAGACACCAGAUGGGAAGCCAAAAGGCUGUAUGCUGCAGAUUGUUUGCCGAGAUGGGAAAACCAUCAGUCUUUGUGCAGAAAGCACAGAUGAUUGUUUGGCCUGGAAGUUUACACUCCAGGAUUCCAGGACAAACACAGCUUAUGUUGGCUCAGAAAUCAUGUAUGAUGAGACAGCUGUGGCUUCCUCCCCACCUCCUUACACAGACUGUGCUGCACCAACCCCUGAGCAGGCAUAUGGCUAUGGUCCAUACAGUGGUGCACACCCACCAGGAAUUCAAGUUGUCUAUGCUGCAGAUGGACAGGCUUAUGCUGUACCCUAUCAGUACCCAUAUGCAGGACUUUAUGGACAGCAGCCUGCCAACCAAGUCAUCAUUCGUGAGUGGUAUCUAAACAAUGACAGUGACCUGGCGCUGGGCAUGCUGGCUGGAGCAGCCACAGGCAUGGCCUUAGGGUCUCUGUUCUGGGUCUUCUAGAGUCCUUGGAAUCUAGCUUCUGAUACCCUGUGUGCAAUCAUAUAAUAUGCAGGGCAUUUCUGUUUGUUAUAAAUGUUUUUAAUAAUAGCUUUAAUAGUUCUUUUGAAAGUAGUGACAGAAUACUUAUAAGUACAUAGAAGUACUGCAGAGAAAGAUUUGGACUAUAUGGGGCCACUGGCUCAUUCGAGGAGUUUCCUUAUAAAACUCUCGCAAUACUUUAUUUGGACACACCUGUUUUGAAAGGCCAUUUUCUUUUUAGAGUUAGGCCUUAGUUCUUAAGGGAUAAUUUAUUUUAGUAUUUUGCUGGUAACAUGGUGAUGUAGGAGUGAGUGAAUGACUGUGGCAAGACUGCAGCUUUUUUGGUUUAAUGUCAGACUUUGAAACCUCAGACCAAAACUGGCUGCGUGUUACUUCAGGAGUUAUAGGCUGGAACCUUCCUUAGGCAGUGGUGUGAUAUCCCACAGCCUCUGGGACUCCAGCAAAGCAGACUGCUCAGGAUGAUGGACGGGAUGGCAGUUCCUUCCUUGAAAAUGAUGCUUUUUCAUUUUAUUCUUAUUUGUUUGUUUCUGGUUGUGAUACUUAGAAAGUAUCCCAAAUUAGGAGUAGACUUGAGUGUCAACAUUUUAGGGCUUUAUCAUUUAAAACUUGAAGAAGGCACAACUCCAAAAAAGUGUGUGGAGGUAAUUUAUUUUAUUCAGAGGCAUCAUGUUUUUAGUGUUUGCUUUGAGCGUUCUUUAUUGCCACUUCAGCCUACUUAUAGCUUAUUUUUCUACUUGUUGAGAAAGUAAUAUUAAGAGAAUGGUGAGGAGAGUGAAAUGAGAGCCAUAGUUGCCGUGGUCCUGUUUCAGAGGAUUGGGCUGCACUGAGGAUGCGUUUUAUGUCUUUCUGAAGGCUGUUAAUGGGCCCAUCUCCUGUCCUGGGUAGGACUGGGCACUGUCCCCAAGCUCUGUGCUGUAUGGUGGGGGAAACUCAGGUUAUAGAUGGGAAUUUCAGCCUAGAGACAUGAAUGACCUGCUCAAGAUACCUCUCCACCUGACUAGGACACCAGCCUUGCUUUUAUUUCUGACUUUAGUGAACCAUUUAAUUUUGAGACCCAACUUAUAUGCGAAGCUCUGAAAAACUGAGGGUCCUGCAUUUCUGUUAUUUCUUAUUUAUCUAUAUAAAUUUUAAAACUUCAGUUAUUCCAGUUUUCUGUCCUGCAUGUUUUAAAAAAUGUACAUUUACAAAGACACAAUGACAGUCUCUGCCCCUAUAUUCCAUGUGGCCAUGUUUCCACAAAAUACACUCCUGGUAGCACAAAUUCUGUUUAUAUUUUAUGUAACCAGUUACAGACAUGGUUUUUUGUUUCACUUAUCAGUCCACUCCACCUCUGAGGGAGACUUGAAUAGAUCUAUCUCUGUAUGGAAACUAGAUGCCUAAUGAGCAUUGUGGUGACCACAGGUCUGUUUCCCAGCCAGUUCCACUGCACCUGUUGACACUGGAGAGUCUGCUUCCAGCUGGAAAGAAGUAUACUUGGCUGUCAUCUCUUUUGAUGUGUCAUGUGGUGGAAAGUUGCCAGAUGUUAUGUGUGACAACACUGGUUUUGAUGGUUAAAAAUGUUACUUAUUUUACAUCAUAUGUAAUAAGAAUAGCUUUGUUCAGAUGGUAAUCAUUAUUCAAGCUGUAUGCUUUAGAAACAAAAUACUAAACUCAGUUUUUAAUGUUGCACUGGAGUGUUAAUUUUGAACUAGGAAUUACUGGAACCACAGGUACUGAGUUAUGUCACUGAAAUGCCCUUGAAGCAGAUGGUCUCCCUGUGUUCCCGUGGCUGCCUCCUGACAGACUGGAGGGAGUUGUGGACUGGAGUCCUGACGUACAUGUGAUCCCCAAUCUCCAGUCCCUGUCCCUAGCUGGGCAAGCCAUGCUGGGCAACUGUAGUUGAAUCUGGAAAUUCAUUGUCCCUAGUGACUUGAUCCUGACAGGAAAUGCAUGCUCAGCAUAAAGAUGGGCUGAGAUGCUUCAUUUCCCUGGCCCCAAUUCUCAUAGAUGCCAAUCUUUGGUCGCCUCACUUAGGUAGUCCUAAAUCAAGAAGUUAGGUGAGCUGGAAGGAAAUUGUUCACUUUAACUAAAGUAAAAUGUUUAGCCAGCAUUUUACUUCCAUGUGUACUUUUAAAUAACUGGCCAUUAAUAUUGAACACAUGCCAGUCUGCUUGUUUCUUAGCUCUGUUCGUUAAAUUUCUUAGUUAACUUCAGAGUUAGAUUUAAAGAGAAGGGAGAGGUGAGCGACUGUGUUUCAGAUCAACAUUCAUGAAAUGGACCAGACUGGGAUGCAAGAUCUGAAUUAUGGGAAAAGUUCCUGCCAUUGAUACAGAAUGACCCGUGUUUGCUUUCUACAUUAAUUGUGAUUCUGUGCGAUCUUUUUCACCUUCCGAAGUUUACAGACACUGGCAUGGAAUGUGGUUCCAUUUUUUCCCCUAGGGUUGAUCUUUUUUUUUCUGAUUGCUUGCCUGUCUCUAGUAUUCUGUGGUGUCUUAAGAACCAGUUUUUCCCUGUAUAUGCAAAUUGUAUGUUUAUAAGUGAAAAUGUUAAUACAUUAAAUAAUUGUUAACCUUAAAGCA